AUGGGUGCAUACUUCUCGAAGGCCGAUGGUACUGCGUUCGGUAUUCGUGAACCGGACGAGCAAGCGCUGAAGAUGUAUAUGGUAUCGACUAUCACCCUCUUAAAAGAUUACCGCCACCCGUCUCAUCCCAUAGCAUGUCUUCUGUUCAGGAAUACCAUGGAACGGCGGCUGGGAGUAAUUGAGAAGGUCAUGAAGGCUCGCGACGCUGAUCCACGAGAUAUUUUCGCCGUAACCCGGACGCUACGUGCACAGAUCUUCGCCCUAGAUGUCUCGACUGCUAUCGUGAAUGAACUUGAGCCGAAUGGAGGGAUACGCGGACUUGAACACAGCCCUGUCAAUUCCCAGGAAGAGCAUCCUUCGUUCUACACCGCUUCAGGAGUGGAAAUUCCACUUCCGGGCUUCGCCGCGAUAUACGCGCAACAGCACGAAUACGACCCCAACGUUCAUGGCCAAGACGACAACUACACGCCGGGGGCUGUGGUGAUGCUAUCUUACGCUAGCGACGACGAUGCGUAUCAUGAGGAUAUCCAAGCUCUUCAUGCGUGGGAUCCCACCUUCUAUGACCGAGGCGUCGAGGCAACUCCAAAGCAGCGGGCCGACGCGUGGAUCGAGUUCAAGAAUGAUGUCAAGGCCGAGUGGGAAGCCAUGAACCCAGGCGGGGAUUGGAAAGAAGACCAUGACGAGGCCGAAGAAGAAGCCGAAGAAGAGGCUCGCGCAGAUCAGACCAAAGGGUCACCUGGAGUAGUGAUCGAGGAAAUCACGGAAGAAGAUUCUGAUGACGAGCGCUGUGAUGGUGAUCGCACUAUCCAUGAAAGUAUCCAAUUUGUCCACCGACUACUCGAAGAAGGGCUCCAGAAGAGGGUACCUGACGCCGAUCGCGACGUGACGGCAGUUAUGCUCCAGGCGUAUCUCGAAGGAGAGGGUCGCGCUCAGCUAUUCUCAUUAGCUUUAUCAGCUUACAAGUUGUUUGAAGCCCGCGACUCUUUGUUGAUGUAG